CGUCGCGCCGAGGCGCGGCGCGGGCAAGCUCCACACCGCCCCGCUGCCUGUCCCAGCCCCCGCCGGCGGAGGCAGCUCGGCGGCAGCGCCCCAGAGCGAGCACCUCCCUUCCUGCCCCCCGGGCGCUGGGUGUUGCUGUUGUUUUGCCGCCGCAGGUCGGCCGGGGUGGGCGCGGAGGGAGGGAACGGGGUGCGCUGCGAGCCGGGUGCCAGGCGCACGCCUCUGCCUGACAGCCGGGCGGGGAACAGCAGCUGGCCAGGCAGGUUUGUCAGCGGGCGGCGGCCUCGCUCCCCUCCCUCCGCUCCCCUCUCCUUCCCUCCCCGGGCUGCUGGGGAUAAUUAGUGUCUGCGCGGGGCCGUCUGCUCCCGGGAGGCAGGGCGGGCGGCGCGCAGUCAGUGCGUGCCCGGCUGUUUUGCUCGCUGACUCGCCUCGGCCGAGCCUCCACCCCGCGGGCGGGAGCCGCCCUCCCGCGCUCCCCUCCGUGACCCUCCCAGCGCUAACCCCGCCGGCCCAGGGAGCCUGGCAGGGCGAGAGGCGCCGCGUCAUGUGACAGCGCGGCCCGGUGCCAGCAGCCCGGGGGGGAGGCGGGCGGAGGGCGGGAGGCAGGGCGGCGGCGGGCGGCUCCUCCUCGCACGCAGACCCGGAGCCACCGCGGAGGCGCCUCAGCCGCGGGACACGCCGGCACGGAGCCUCCGCAGCGCCCCCGGCCCCCGCCGCCCCGCGCCAUCCCGGCCCUGCGGGAGCACCGCAACUCCAGAUUACAAGAAGCAUUUGUCCACACGGUUUUGGACAGGACAUCACAGGCAUCAGAAGAGGUGAAUAAAGAAGAUGCUAAUGUUUGAUCCAGUCCCUAUCAAGCAAGAAGCCAUGGACCCCAUUUCAGUGUCGUACCCAUCCAAUUACAUGGACCAAAUGAAGCCAAACAAAUACAGCGUCAUUUAUUCUGCACCAAGCAUGUUGCACAAUAAAUUCUACUCAAACCCUGACAGACUGUCGAAUGGAAUCCAGAUGGAACCAGUAGACCUUACGGUGAACAAGCGAAGCUCACCGCCUUCGGCUGGCAGUUCUCCUUCACCUUUAAAAUUUCAGACUGUGCAUAGGAGAACUUCUCCUGGAUUGACUCUGUCCUCACCCAGCUCUCCCAUCAGUAAAUUCACACCGUCACCCCCAGGAGUCCAGCCGUUAUCCAUGCCUAUAACAAUCCCUCCUGUAAUGGCUGCUGCUCUUUCCCGCCACGGACUGAGAAGCCCUGGGAUACUCCCAGUCAUUCAGCCUGUUGUUGUCCAGCCAGUUCCUUUCAUGUAUGCUCCCCAUCUCCAGCAGCCCAUCAUGGUAUCUACAGUCCUUACAGAUGAAAUGGAAAGUCCAAGCAGCAUGCAAGUGCCUGUUAUUGAGUCCUUUGAGAAGCCUGCUCUGAAGAAAGCAAUUAAAGUAGAACCGGGAAGCGAACCAGCAAAGACUGACUUCUAUCCUGAACGAAUGUCACCUCCAAUGACCUCAUUGUCUCCCCAGGAAGUAAUGCUGCAAGAGAAUCACCCUUCGGUUAUAGUUCAGCCAGGGAAGAGACCUUUGCCAGUGGAGUCGCCAGACACGCAAAGAAAACGCAGAAUACAUCGGUGCGAUUAUGAAGGCUGCAACAAGGUCUACACUAAAAGCUCCCAUCUGAAGGCUCACAGAAGAACCCACACAGGUGAAAAACCAUACAAAUGCACUUGGGAGGGAUGCACGUGGAAGUUUGCUCGUUCUGAUGAACUAACGCGGCAUUUCCGCAAGCAUACGGGAAUCAAACCUUUUCAGUGCCCAGACUGUGACCGUAGCUUUUCACGUUCGGACCAUCUUACUCUUCACAGAAAACGUCACAUGCUAGUCUGAGUGUCUUCUGCCCCCGACUCCUCUCAACAUUUUUUUUUACACAUGCAUUUUAAUUCGAGUUCAGCUGGUCUGAAUCUCUGUAGUUUAUACCAUUAAAAGCUUACAUAUGGUCAGUACUAGAUGUUAUCUUACCCUUCGAUGUCCUUGCCACGGGUCAGACCUAAAGAAUGUGAACAGUUGUUUUGUUUUGUUUUGUUUUUCUUUCUCCUGGGGAUGCUAAGCAAACCCUUUCUUCAGAGAGUGUGUUUAAUGUAUUCCAUUGUGAAUAAGGGAAUUUGUAAACAAACAGCUUUUGUUGGUUUCUUCAUAUAAUCAACCCAGUGUAUACUGAUAAACUAGUAGAUGUUAUUGAGUAUCCAAAAUGCUCAUCCUUGGCAGAGACAUUGUUUAUGUGCCCUGUGCAAGGCAUACUCUCAUUUUAUGCUCAGCAAUGCAAUGAAUGGACUUCCUCAACCUUGCUGAUUUCUGCAGUAUAAUUAAUACAACAGUUUUAGAAAGACACCUGAUUUAGAAAUCCCCUCUGCCCAAACAGUGGGUAACACUGUAGAAGUAAAUCUAAGCAAUAUACUUUACAGAAAGAUUGAGUCACAGUAUCACCUCAGUCAAGAAGAAAAAUUAGGAGAAACUGGUCUGUACAUAACACUGUGCAUCUAAACCAAUGCCAUCUGUCCUUUGUAUUAUAGUAUAGUAUUCAACCAUGUUUUUAUUGCAUACUGCCCUGGUGGAUUUGUUAAAUGAAGAUCUUGUGUGACACUGUAUGUCUGUUUUCUGUGCAACUGAGUGGAUGGAACAUACACGGUACUCUCCUAUAACAUGGCAUUAAAAGAUAUUCAUAGAAACCUUCCACACCUCAUUCCAGGAUUAUAGACUGUCCCUCUGUAAUCAUUCCCUUAUGUUUCCUCUAAAUAAUUUUUUUCUCCUUACUGUACCUCAGAAAAUAGAAAUCAUCAUGUCAGAAAUGCUCCAAUGUAUUGUUGCAAGUGCCACUUUAAUACACUACAGUAUUUUGAAAUAUUCACAAUAUUUUAAUGACAAAAUGGCAUCAAAUAUGAAGCACUUACGUGAUAAACUGAGUCAUGUAUCUGGUUAAAAGUAUGUGCCAGAUCAUCCAUUUGACAGCUCUGAUCUGUGGCUCUGGUAUUCUCGCAGUGCUCAGUAGAUGGAGCUUCCCUUGUGGAUGCAUCCAUCGCAUUAAAACGUGUCACCAACUCCCCUGUCAGUAGUAAACACAACUCAAUUGCUCAAAUACAAGCAAACUGAAUUCAGACAACCAGCUGAUCUUAGCAAUGUUCCAGUACUUGGAACUUUUCCACAGGAGGGAGGGUUUCUCUCUAUUAGCUGUCAGGUUCUGUGGUACUAAAAAGAAACAGGAUCUGUUUGUCUAGACUUGAGCAACUGUUGAGUGUUUGUUCUUCACCCCAUGUGAGGUGAACAUAAUUGCGUGCCAUAUAAACUUGGUAAAAAUCAGAUCUUCCUUUGUCUUGGAAAGCCCCACUGGAAAACAGGGCCGUGGGGAGGAGGUUUGCAGAGUCCUCCAGGAGGAGUCAGGUUGGAGGUCCAUCCUCAGGUGGGUACCUCAGGACCUGUGGAGAGCAACGCUGGGCUGUGGGGAGUCCAAGAGCAGCAGCCUGAAAUCAUCUGCAGGUGCACAGCUGGAACAUGAGGAGCCUUCCACAUUUGCUUCCUUGAUGGUGGGGUUUCCAGCUCACCUUGGGUACCCAUGAGUGGAGAGAGAGGAGAUCUGUUCUUAGAGAAAAAUGUUCAUAGUGAUUGCUAUAAAAUGCAAACUAUUGCUCAAAUUGUGUAGCAAAUCUUACAUAUGUGAAUAUGAAACUGUCAAGUUUAUUUAAGGAACAUCUGUGCUCUGCAAAGGGCAGAAUGGGGAUUACCAUGGCUAAGGCCGUUCUGCACCUUUUGUAGAGAAAAUCUUUAGGCUCUUUAUGUUGCCAUGCAUCCUCAGGACCUAGGGCUUGACUGAUCCAUUCAGAACCGAAAAACUUCAGAAACCAAUUGGUCCCUUUGUGUCUGACUACUCCAUUACUAACACUGAUGAACAUGUGGGAAAGAGAUUGCUGUUAAUGAGCAACUGGUUUAAAAUUGUGCUUUAUCAUUGGAUUUUUAUCUUUUAUUUUUGGAGUGAGCAAUGUCAUAGGGAGUCAGACUUAGCUUCACUUGCAAGACUCCAGGUAGUGAUGGUGGUUCAUUGACAUUGAGCUGUCACUGGCAGAGGGCAAUGUGGAACUGCUAUAGCAUCAAAUACAAGCAUACAGCUAUGUGGUGUCCUGGGAUAAAAACAAUUCUCAGCCUGUUCAAGGGUGCAGAAAGAGGUGAGAUCCUAUUGACCCACAAGUGGGUCAAGGACAACAGAUCCCAUGUUUAGCUUAACAGAUUGAAAUGCCUGGGAUUUAGGAUGAUAAAGCAGCAUUUCUUUCCAAUACUCCUCUUUUAAGAUUUUCACAUUUAUUUUUUAAUAGAAAUCUAAAGUACCAUAGAGGCGUCCUUUAAUUUGCCUAUGUACCUUUUUCCUGAAAAUAUUUAUGAUAAUGGUGGAGAUGAAGACAGCAGAGAUGCAAUAGAACUUUUAAGUGUCUUUAGCUAUGUGCCUUGUGAUUUAGGACACCAGAAAUUUAAAUAUUAAAUAUAAAUAUUUCAGUCUGUUUCAGGUAAAUGCUUUGUAGGAUUUCUCACUUGGUCUGUGGGUGUCUCUGUGGAAUGUCAAAGAAGCCACAUGUGCAUAGGCUUUCAUCUUUCAGCUGAAAACGCGUGUUUACAUCUUUUGUGGCUCGUUGACUCAUUUAACAAAUUUUGGUUUGAGGGCUGUUGUGAAAUUCUUUAAACCACACAACUAAAUACUUCUAAUAAAACAGCCUGUUCCAUGUAUGGCUUAAAGAGAGGCCUGUUUAGAUAACGAGACAGACUAAUCCUGCAAGAGGUGAUUAUCUUAAAAAAAAAAUCCUUUCACUAGCAGUGCUGCACCGUGCAGUGAGUAACAAAUGAUACUGCUCCUGCUUCAUCCUUUUGUUACAAUGUUUUACUGGGUUCUGUGACAAUCCCAAAAAGCUCAGCAGGUGUUAUGGUGUGGUUUCAUUUAAAUAUAACUGCCAUUCUGCAGCAAUAUUUCUAAUGCCACAUCUUGUCCAAAUGCAUUGUUGUCUCUGCCGAGGUUAGCUAUGUGUAGAAUAUAAAUCCAUUUUACAUAUCCGAAUAGGGCUACACCAGUUUUCAUUACAUUUUACAGAUACUAGCACCUUUUACGCUAUUUAUGUACUUCAAAUGUUAGAGGGUCAAAAUAAUCUUUUCGCUUAGCAUCUCUCACCUGCAAAUAUAGCAGGGAUGUUAUAUUUACUUCAAUACGUGUAUAAACUAUGCAGAUUUUUUUUUUUUUUAAAGAAAAUGUAAUAUAUUUUAUAAGCUAAUAAGACUGAAUGGGUAAUUAAAGGUUUCUAGUGUGCGUUACUAUAACUUGCAAAUAUGGAUACAUUUUGGUAAUCUUUCUUACUAAAGAUGUGAAUGUUUAAUGUACUUUUACUGUUUCUACUUUGGUAGCCAAUGGGAAUUCAGUAAUGACAUUUUGUCAUGUUGAACUGUGAACAGAAAUUUGUACUGUACAGUCCUCAUAUUUAGUACAAAAUACAUAUCUAUGAUAACUGUUAAUAAAGCCAUCAGAAUAUUA